AUGAAAGACGAAUUGAGAAUUCUGACCCCGAUUGGCAUGCUGGGAUAUGGCUUCAGCGAAGAGUUGUUCUGGUCUGCACUCGAGGAUGGCGUUGACGCGGUCAUUCUCGACAGUGGCUCGACAGAUAGUGGGCCAUCAAAGCUCGCUCUGGGUACUACAACCGUCUCUCGCAAGUCGUAUGAGCGUGACCUGAGCGUUCUUGUUGCCGCAUGUCAUUUUUACAAGGUGCCGCUGCUUAUUGGCUCUUGCGUUGACUCCCAAGCAGGUUCAGCAGGUGGCGAUGGUGCAAACUCUCAUGUAGAUUUGCUAGUCGAAAUCAUUGAGGCAUGCAUUGCGCGAGAAGGAUAUCGUACUAUGGAAAUUGUUCGAAUAUACUCUGAAGUAGGCAAGGAUAUUGUGACUAAAAACUGGAAGGAUGGCUUAGUGACUCCUUGUACACCUGCUGUGCCGGAACUCCAGAUUUCAGACAUUAAUGACGCUACACGGAUCGUCGCACAGAUGGGCGUGGAGCCGUUUCUCAAGGCCAUGAAUGAGAACCCUGACUUUGACAUUAUUAUAGGAGGAAGAGCAUAUGACCCAGCGCCUUACGCCGCGUUCUGCGUAUGGAAAGGGUUUACCGACCUGGGAAUUGCCUACCACAUGGGAAAGGUCAUGGAGUGCGGUGCAUUAUGUGCAGAGCCGAAGAGUAAGGAGGCAUUGGCGAUUGUUAGGAGCGAUAGCUUUGACAUUAGACCUUUGGACUUAGGAGCAAGAUGCACGAAAGUUUCAGUCGCCGCCCACUCGCUGUAUGAGAAGAACCGCCCUGACAUUUUGGUCGGCCCUGGAGGAGUUCUGGAUUUGACCCCUACCGCAUUUGAGGAGCUGCCGGACCAGAGGACUGUUCGCGUUCGAGGAUCAGUGUUCAUUCCAGGGCCACGGUAUACCGUCAAACUGGAGGCUGCGAGACUUAAAGGCUAUCGCAGUGCGUUUAUUGGCGGCUUCCGCGACCCAUUCCUAGUUCCGCAAAUAGACGACUUUAUCCAACGGGGAAAAGAGCGACUGAAAGAAAUGAUAACAUUUCCUUUCAAAUUUGAGGCGCACAUUUAUGGUAGAGGUGCUGUCAUGAAGUCUUUGGAACCCGAUACCGACAUGACACCCAAGGAAGUCUGCCUGGUAGGAGAGGCAUGGGCAGAGACGCAAGAACAAGCAGCUUUCGUCACAAGCAUCGCAAGAGUUUGGUGCAUGCAUGGGGCUUACCCUAAUCAGAUUGCCACUUCUGGUAACUUUGCUAUGCCCUUCUCGCCAUUUGAUAUUCCCCUUGGGCCGUACUCGGAAUUCUGCAUGUAUCAUAUUAUGCCAGUUUCAGAUCCGACUUCUCUGUUUGCAAUAACAGCUCAUAGUGUUUUGGGAUUGGAUACUGCGAAAGCCCGUAGUCGUCCCACUCCUUCUUCAAUAACUGGGAAGAAUAGUACCAAUGAAGCAAAGAGUGCCACUUCUCAAAAACCCACCACGACAAAUGCGCUAGGACAACCUCCAUGGUCCAAGUUCACCUACCUCGGAUCGCUAGCUAGUGUCCUUCGAAGCAAAAAUGCAGGGCCAUAUGAGACUACGUUUGACGUCAUGUUUCCUGACCAAAAAACCUACGACCGAGUCAAGGAAUCAAACGUCUUAACUUCCGAGACCAUAUCAAGUCUAUACAACAUCCCUCCAGAGGAAGUGCUCGUCAGUAUGUGGUGGGAACCUGCCCUAGCAUUCAAAGCGACGAUCAAACGACCGACUGUAAGUGCCAGUUUUGGAGAAACAGAUACGCACGGGAGCGCUCAGCAUGCACCUUUGAUGUACUUACAAAUCCCGAAACCUUAA